CCCCAACCGAUUCUGCCCAUUGCACAGCUGCGCUCUGUUCACGCCAGCAAUGAUUACGUGGACCGGCCUCCUGCACCCCGCAAACCAACUCUUUCCAGCCCUUCCCUGACUCUGCAAACCCACAAGUCCGAUUGGUCCCUGGCGACCACGCCCACCGCGCUCCCGCGCAGCGUCAGCCAGUGCCAUCAGCUGCAACCCCUGCCUCAGCAUCUCAGCCAAUCCAGCAUUGCCAGCUCCGUGUCCCAAACCACCACUGCCUCUGACCAAAGGCUCUUGGCCACCAUGACACCCUCUCCUUCAGGCCAGUCGUCCAUCCUCAGAACCCACCCGAAGGUCGACGGUGCUCUGAAGGGAGGAGCUGAGCAGUCGGCUGGGCAGUCCAGUGAUCAUCGCCUCUUCAUCUGCGAGGAGUGCGGGCGCUGCAAGUGCGUCCCCUGCACGGCGGUCCGCCCCCUGCCCUCCUGCUGGGUGUGCAACCAGCGUUGCCUUUGCUCCGCCGAGAGCCUCCUCGACUACGGCACCUGCCUUUGCUGUGUCCAGGGCGUCUUCUACCACUGCUCCACCGACGACGAGGACAACUGCGCCGACGAGCCCUGCUCCUGCGGGCCCGGCUCUCGCUUCCUCCGCUGGGCGGCCAUGGGUGUCAUCUCCAUCUUCUUACCCUGCCUGUGCUGCUACCUGCCCACCCGGGGGUGCCUCCGCCUGUGCCAGCGGGGCUAUGACAGCCUCCGACGGCCGGGCUGCCGCUGCAAGAUGCACACCAACACCGUGUGCAGAAAAAUGUCUUCCGGGGACUCACCCUGCCCCAAGGCCCAAGAGAAGUCGGUAUGACCUUCCUCCAAGAUGGCCGCCAUGGCUGUCAUGGCUGUCAUGGCACAUUCAGGUGAUUGACACCCGGCCUGCUCAGCUGUCAUGGCUGUCAUGGCAGAUUCAGGUGAUUGACACCCGGCCUCCCUCCCUCACCCUCCCUCUCUCACCCUCCC